CCGCCUCCUUCCCAGCUCGGCGAGGGAGGCCCGCGAAGGCCUGGAGUAGGCCUCAAAGCCUGGCCUGUCGCCAUGGCAACCGCCCAGCUCAGGCGCCUGCGCCGACUAGGCCGCGCCGCGCCGCGUCGUUUCCCGGCGUCGUUCUUCCUUCGAGAUCCGGAGCGAUGGCCGGUGGGGAUCCGGACUUCGUGCUCCGCUACUUGGCCGAGGUGGAGGCGCUGGCCGAGGAGGUGAUGGCCACUAGGCAGCAGAUUGUCGAUCUGAAUCACAAACGGAACCAGAACCGGGAAGCCUUAAGGGCCCUGAGCAAGGAAUUGAAUUCUGCUGACAAAGCCACGGUUUGCUUCGGCAGUAUGUUCAUACAGCUUCCCAAAACAAAGACGCAGGAGAUGCUACAGAGAGACCAAGAGCUGCUGGAGGAAGAAAUUGCGAAAUUGCAGCAGGAACUGAAAGUGAAAGUCAGCAACCUCAUGGAGGCCGAAGGCAAACCGGAACUCAAAGGCUUCAAUUUGAAACCCUUGACCACUGAAGAAAUGUGGUUCAUGAAGAAAGUGCUGGACCAAUGAAGCCAUCUCCUGGUGCGGAUUCGCGCGGCGGCUGUCGGCCAAGACCAACGUGCAAAGGAGAGCUGCUUUCCAUGCGCCUCGCUCUCAUGCUCCCCAGUGUUUAGACGAGCAGUUGAGCAUUUUCACGGACGUCUUUUAUGCCCCCCUCUUAAAGCCGUUGAGAUGCCUCCAAAACCUGAGCCGGAGAAGACCUCGUUGACGCUUUUAUGGACAGGGGACUAUAAAAAUUGGAGGAGGUCGGUCCUUGAGGUCAGGAUUUCCUGUUUUUUUGAGAUUUGACAUUGAACGGGGCUUCUCACUUUCCUUGUCUCCAUGCGCAGGGCCUGCGUAACAAUAAACGGAAGGAGAUGCCCACCUCUCUUGGGAGAAGGUCCCUCCUUCGCCUUGGUGGUCUCUGUG